UUUGAAGCCAACGGCAGGAGGGAAAAGAAACGCCACAACUUAAAAGAGGUGAAAGAGCAAUUGGAUCUCUGUUCUCAUUCGCCACAACCAGUCCAACAGUUCAGGAACGUCCACUAUUUGUAUUCUAUAGAGACAAUUUUGAAGCUAGCCCACUUGUGAGAGGGAAGGAAAACUCCCCAAUUUAAUAAAAGACAACUUAAACAAAGGGGAAGAGCUCUCGUUCUCCACAAAGGCUACAGCUAUCCAAGGAAUCAGUCAUGGCUGCAGAAGCACAGCACACUUGUUAUGAGGGCGACAGUGUCCACAAUUUCCAGUUUUAUCUGGAACACUCUGGAGAACACAAGGCCAUUGUCCAGUGUCUUAACAACAUCCUAGCAGGAGAAUUUAAGAGAAUUGGAGAAGGUAAAAGCAGCCUGGAUGUUCUUGGCAUUGGAAGUGGUGCAGGUGAGGUGGAUGCUCAGAUCCUUACACUGCUGCAGUCUAUAUUCCCUGCUGUUCCUAUUACUGCUGACAUUGUGGAUGGCAGCUCUGAGCUCUCAGACAACUUCAAAGCUUUGGUAGCAAAGACUGCCAGCCUUCAGAAAAUCCCGUUUGGUUGGCACAUCAUGACCAGUGAGGACUAUGUGAAGCAAGUCAAAGUCAAGGGAGACAUGAAGAAGUUUGAUUUCAUACACAUGAUUCAGAUGAUCUAUUAUGUGGAAAACCUUUGUGAAACUAUCAAGUUUUACCACAGCCUUCUAAAAGCUAACGGCAGGCUUAUGAUCAUCAUUGAAACAGCCAAAGGUGGAUGGGACACCUUGUGGAAGACUUACCGUAAGGAGCUGUGUGUAGGUGCCAUCAAAGAGUUCCGUUCAUCAGCAGAGGUCAUUGCCUGCCUGGAGAGCCUGUGUCUGAAGUAUGAGGUGCAUUCGGUUCCCAACACCUUCGACAUCACUGAAUGUUUAAAUCCAGGAGGCUCCACUGGAGAACGCCUGCUGAGUUUCAUGACAGGAAGUGACAAGUUCCACCAGUCCUUUACCCCAGAGAUCAGAGAUGGCAUGUUAGACCUUCUGAGGAAAAAGUGCAGCACAGUGAAAGAUGGCAAAGUAUUGUUCAUCAGUAAUAUGAGUUGCAUUCUUGUUCAUCCUUAAGUGCAUCCUGCAGAGAAGUGUUUAUCAUUCUGACUCUGUACUCUGUGUAUUUGUCAGAAAGAAUAAAUAAAUACAGUUCAGUUUAUCUUGAGUGAGUAAAAGUUGCUGCUGUACUAGAAGACACAUAAGUCUAGCUAUGCAGUGAGUCCUAAUUUGCUUUCAUCAAACUUUGGCCCUCUUCUAAUCUGUAAGGAAGUUUAGUAUCCAGGUGUGACCUUUCAUAAUAAAGUCACUGUAAUCUAUAUCUUUACAGUUAGAACAGCUCUGAUGACUGUCUCGAAAAGGUCGUUUCUAGUGAUAGAGACAGAAAAUAAUCACCCAGCUUUACAGAAAGUCCUCCAGUUAUUGCUUUAUGUUUGAAAUUUUUUGGCCUUCAGGGAAAUUGUUUUGUUUCAUUCUCUUAGAAAUGUUUUUGGCUUUAACAAGCAAGAAAAUUAAAAACUCCAAGAGCCCACAGUACACUUCCAGGAGUGUUAGCAGCCAAAGGACAGGAGAAUACUGGACUUACAUUUGUUAGAUUUCAUUUCUGACUGGAUCCCAGUGUUGUUUCAUUUGUGCUGGAUGCAUAUGCUAAUAAGAUUUCAAAAUUAAUAUUAAUAAAGUUAAUAUUCCCCAAAAAGUCGUGUUGUCCUGAACUUGCACCUCAUGGGUGUUGAGGUUUAGCUGUGUUGAUGCUAAACACUGAAUAAGGACAGAAAGGUACGAUUAGUGUGAUGGCUGUGCAAUCUCCAAUAUUUACCAUUUUAAGUAGACUGAUAUCCAUGAGGUUUGGUUUCACAUAAACGGCUAGUUCAAAGACUGGCAAACUGGGCAUUUACUGCAUGUUAUUC